AUGAUUGGAGGAAUCAAUGGCAACACGCCACCUUGCGGAGAAUCUAUUGGAACUGCUUUUGUGGCCGACCCGGAUCUUUCAAAAAGCGGUACAUCCGCUACAGUAAGUGGCCGACCGGGAUCUUACGACAACGGUACAUCCGCUACAGUAAGUGGCCGGCCGGGAUCUUACGACAGCAAUACAUCCGCUACAGUAAGUGGGCGGCCGGGAUCUUACGACAGCGGUACAUCCGCUACAGUAAGUAGCCGGCCGGGAUCUUACGACAACGGUACAUCCGCUACAGUCAGUGGCCGAUACGGAUCUUACGACAGCGGUACAUCUGCUACAGUAAGUAGCCGUCCGGGAUCUUACGACAACGGUACAUCCGCUACAGUAAGUGGCCGUCCGGGAUCUUACGACAACGGUACAUCCGCUACAGUCAGUGGCCGAUACGGAUCUUACGACAGCGGUACAUCCGCUACAGUCAGUGGCCGUCCGGGAUCUUACGACAACGGUACAUCCGCUACAGUCAGUGGCCGAUACGGAUCUUACGACAGCGGUACAUCCGCUACAGUCAGUGGCCGUCCGGGAUCUUACGACAACGGUACAUCCGCUACAGUAAGUGGCCGUCCGGGAUCUUACGACAGCGGUACAUCCGCUACAGUCAGUGGCCGUCCGGGAUCUUACGACAGCGGUACAUCCGCUACACUAAGUGGCCGUCCGGGAUCUUACGACAACGGUACAUCCGCUACAGUCAGUGGCCGUCCGGGAUCUUACGACAGCGGUACAUCCGCUAAACUAAGUGGCCGUCCGGGAUCUUACGACAGAGGUACAUCUGCUACAGUCAGUGGCCAGCCGGGAUCUUACGACAGAGGUACAUCCGCUACAGUAAGUGGCCGGCCGGGACCUUAUGACGGCGGUAUAUCCACUACAGUAAGUGGCCGACACCGAUCUUACGACAGAGGUACAUCUGCUACAGUAAGUAGCCGGCCGGGAUCUUACGACAGCGGUACAUCCGCAACAGUAAGUGGCCGGCCGGGAUCUUACGACAGUUGUACAUUUGCUACAGUGACAUCCGCUACAGUAAGUGGCCGGCCGGGAUCUUACGACAGUUGUACAUUUGCUACAGUAAGUGACCGGCCGGGAUCUUACGACAGUUGUACAUCCGCUACAGUAAGUGACCGGCCGGGAUCUUACGACAGAGGUACAUCCGCUACAACCAUCGGUAUAUGCGGUUUAUGA